UUAUUCAAGUAUUUCGUCUUAAUUUAAUUUAUUCUGAAGGAAAAUUUUUAAAUCACGCGGUUGGUUAAAGUGGGUUUUUGAACUGCCAACUGGGAGUUUACACGUUGACAUAUUUGACAUUCCAACACAAGCAAAAAUAUAUUUUCACCGGGGCUGUGUUUUUAAUAAACUUACAAAUGCAGAUGUUAAAAUUGAGUAUAUUACUCUUAGCCACAAUUGUAUUGUAUCAUGUUGAUGCUCAAGCAAGACGCCAGGCGUCCACCUUGGCGGAAAGAGUCCAACAGCUCACAGAUAUGACGAAUAAACGAACGAUUUUAAAGUUUAACGCCAACAAGUUCCGCGAAUUUGUCAAGUCCACGCCAAGGAACUACUCUGUUGUGAUAAUGUUUACCGCAAUGGCAUCACAGAGACAAUGUAUGGUGUGCAGACAAGCUCACGACGAGUACACCAUUGUGGCCUCAUCAUACCGAUACUCUCAAUCCUAUUCCAAUAAACUAUUCUUUGGUAUUGUUGACUUUGAUGAAGGAUCAGACCUAUUCCAAAUGUUACGAUUAAAUACAGCCCCAGUUUUCAUGCACUUCCCAGCAAAGGGUAAACCAAAGGGUCCUGACACCAUGGACAUACAAAGAAUUGGAUUUGCUGCCGAAACUAUUGCCAAAUGGAUUGCUGAAAGAACUGAUGUUCAAAUCCGCGUAUUCCGUCCACCAAACUACAUGGGUACAUUUGCUUUAAUUUUAGUAUUUUCAUUUGUGGCCAUCAUUUUGUACUUAAGAAGGAACAACCUGGAAUUCUUGUAUAACAAGACAAUGUGGGGUGUUGGAGCAUUAUUCUUUACAUUAGCUAUGACCUCAGGACAGAUGUGGAACCACAUAAGAGGGCCUCCAUUUAUGCACAAAAACCAAAAUGGCCAGAUUGCUUACAUACAUGGUUCCUCACAGGGACAAUUUGUUAUUGAGACUUAUAUUGUUAUGUUAUUAAAUGCGGGCGUUGUUAUUGGCGUAAUUUGCCUGACUGAAGCAACCAAAAUUAAAGGUGACCACAAGAGGAAGAAGUUCUUGGCUGUUGCUGGUUUGAUUUUGGUCUCAGUGUUCUUUUCACUGUUGUUGUCAGUUUUUAGGACAAAAACACAGGGUUAUCCUUAUAGUUUCUUGUUUAAAUAGAUUACUUCAAAAAAGUUCAUCAUAUAUUUAUUUAUAUGAAUUCACAUCUUUUAAAAUAUUAGUGUUUUUUCUAAUUGUUGUGAUAUGAUGGAAAGUAUAUUAAAUGAAAAUGUUUUUAAUUGA